GCGGCCACCGCCUUCGCGUAACCUCCACCCUCCACUACCCCAGGUCCCCUGCUCCACUAAAAAGUCCCAUAUCCAAACGUGAUAACGAUUUUUUCUGCCGGAGGUUGAUCAGCCAGAGAUUUUACGGUACCCGCCACCCUCUGCUCCCCCAUUUAAACAGCAGCCUUCCCACCGAAAUUUCUUUUCUUCGGACGCAUCCUUUCUCUCAUUCAUCAUCUUCAUCCUUCAUCACUUCAUCACAUUACUUCACAUCAACCGCUAUCAUGGGCAAGAAGGAUUCCGUCAAGGCCACCAAGGCCACCAAGGUCACCAAGGCCGAGCCCGUCAAGGCUGCUAAGCCCGUCAAGGCCACCAAGGCUGAGAAGCCCUCCAAGAAGUCCAAGAAGGAGGAGUCCUCUUCCGAGGAGGAGUCCGAGUCUGAGUCUUCCGAGGAGGAGUCCAGCGACGAGGAGUCUUCCGAUGAGGAGAUGACCGACGCUCCUGCCGCCAAGAAGGAGACCAAGAAGGCUGAGUCUUCCGACUCUGACUCUGACGACUCCGAGUCCGAGGAGGAGAAGCCCGCCGUCAAGGAGGAGAAGAAGGAGAGCUCCGACGAUGAGGAGGAGAGCGACUCUGACGACUCCGAUUCCGACUCUGACUCUUCCGAGUCUGAGGAGAAGUCCGAGGCCGAGGAGCCUUCCAAGAAGCGCAAGGCUGAGGAGUCCUCCGAGGAGGAGGAGGCUCCCAAGAAGGCCAAGACCGAGGAGGUUGCCGACGACAAGAGCACCCUCUGGGUUGGUAACCUCGGCUGGGGUAUCGAUGAUGCCAUCCUUUUGGCUGAGUUCGAGGACUGCGAGGGUGCCAAGAGCGCUCGCGUCGUCACUGACCGUGAGUCCGGCCGCUCGCGCGGUUUCGGCUACGUCGACUUUGCCACCAACGAGCAGGCGCAGAAGGCUUAUGAUGCCAAGAGCGGUGCUCUUCUUGAGGGCCGUGAGAUGCGUCUCGACUUCGCUGGCAAGGAUGCCGGCAACAAGCCCCAGGACAAGGCCGCCAACCGCGCUGCCAAGCACGGCGACACCAUCAGCCCCGAGUCCGAUACCCUCUUCGUCGGCAACAUGCCCUUCUCCGCUGACGAGUCUGCCGUCUCCGACUUCUUCAACUCGGUUGCCUCCGUUGCCAGCCUCCGUAUCCCUACCGACCAGGAGUCCGGCCGUCCCAAGGGCUUCGCCUAUGUUACCUUCAACUCCGUUGAGGAUGCCAAGAACGCUUUCGAUCAGCUGAACGGCUCCGACCUCCAGGGUCGUCCCGUCCGUCUUGACUACGCCAAGCCCCGUGACAACAACGGUGGCGGUGGUGGUGGCUUCGGUGGCGGCCGCGGUGGUGGCCGUGGCGGUGGCCGUGGUGGUUUCGGUGGCCGUGGCGGUGGUCGCGGUGGCCGCGGUGACUUCGGUGGCCGUGGUGGUGGCCGCGGUGGCGGACGUGGUGGUUUCGGUGGUAGCCGUGGUGGCUUCCAGGGCAAGAAGACCACCUUUUAA